UCGCGCUGGUCGUGUUUUCUCGCACUCACAGACACACUCGGAGACACGCUCUCGGAUCGCGCACCCCUCGCGUCCUCCUUGCCCGGCGGCGCGGCCAUGGCAGACAGCGCCAGCGAGAGCGACACGGACGGCGCGGGCUGCAGCGCCUCAGUCCCGCCGCUCUCCUCAUCGUCCUCUUCGGCCGCCUCAGCGCCCGGUGGCGGCGGCGGCGGUAGCAGCGGCGGCAAGCAGGGCGUCGUCAUCUCGCAGUCUCGGCUGGAGGAGCUGACGAACCGCCUGGCCUCGCUGCAGCAGGAGAACAAAGUGCUGAAGAUCGAGCUGGAGACGUUCAAGCUGAAGUGCAAGUCCCUGCAGGAGGAGAACCGGGACCUGCGCAAAGCCAGCGUUACCAUCCAAGCGAGGGCAGAACAAGAAGAGGAGUUCAUCUCAAACACCUUGUUUAAGAAGAUCCAGGCUCUGCAGAAGGAGAAAGAGACGCUUGCCGUGAACUAUGAAAAGGAGGAGGAGUUCCUCACUAACGACCUGUCCCGGAAACUCAUGCAGCUCCAGCAUGAGAAGGCUGAGCUGGAACAGCACUUGGAGCAGGAGCAGGAGUUUCAGGUUAACAAACUGAUGAAGAAGAUCAAGAAGCUGGAGAACGACACCAUCUCCAAGCAGCUCACCCUAGAACAACUGCGUCGUGAGAAGAUAGACUUGGAGAACACUCUAGAACAGGAGCAGGAGGCGCUGGUUAACCGGCUCUGGAAGCGUAUGGACAAGCUGGAGGCUGAGAAAAGGAUCCUGCAGGAGAAGCUUGACCAGCCUGUGUCGGCCCCACCUUCUCCAAGGGAGGUUUCCAUGGAGAUCGACUCUCCUGAGAACAUGAUGCGGCACAUUCGCUUCCUGAAGAGCGAGGUGGAGAGGCUCAAACGCAGCCUGCGCACAACCGAGCUACAGCACACAGAGAAGAGGGCUCAGUACAUUGAGGAGGAGCGGCAGAUGCGUGAGGAAAACAUGCGUCUGCAGAGGAAGCUGCAGAGAGAGAUGGAGAGGAGGGAGGCUCUGUGCAGGCAGCUUAGUGAGAGUGAGAGCAGCCUGGAGAUGGACGAUGAGAGGUAUUUUAAUGAGAUGUCUGCUCAGGGAUUGAGAGCCCGUACCGUGUCCAGUCCCAUACCCUACACCCCCUCGCCCUCCUCCAGCCGCCCUAUAUCCCCAGGUUUGUCGUACGCCAGUCACACGGUGGGCUUCACACCACCAGCCACACUCAGCCGGGCCCCCCUUCCCCACUACACCCCUCCAGGACUGCACAUCCACCCAGGACCCUCCCACGGAGUUCAGAGGCCGUCCCCCAGGAGAAGCAACAGCCCGGACAAGUUCAAGCGCCCCACGCCCCCACCUUCCCCAAACACACACUCCGGGGCGCAGCAACACCCUCCUCCUCCGCCCCCUCCUCCAGCACAGCCAGGGGUCCAGUCCGGUCCCUCCCACUCGGCCAUGUCCCAGCAUCCCCCUGUCCAGCCUUAAUGCAUGCGCCGCGCACCAUCACACGCUAGGCUAGGCUACAAACCACCAAGAAACCAGGCCAUCCUCCACUGGGCCACUGCUAAAGCGGGCAAGAAUGGGGCGGCUUUGGACGGACUGGACGAGAGAAAAGUGGACUGUGAGGUUUUAGCAACAGAGAGCUGAGUCGAACGGUGGCCACGUCUUGAUUUGGGCUCAAACUCAGCGGUCAUGUCACGUGUUUUGCUUUAGAAUGGAAGAGAUGCUUAUGAAAAGCAUAGAGAUGAUUUUGGGUUUUUUUUUUGUUUUGUUUUGUUUUGUUUUUUUUUGUGUUUGGUUUUUUAGGUUCGCUGUCUGGCGCUUCCCAGCCCUGAUCCCUCUGGCUAGCACUGUGGCUAGCUCACAGCUAAACUGGGCAUAACAAAACACCUGAGACUGUAUCCUGCAAUAUACUGCUUUUAGAUUCUAGGAUUCAAAACGAUCAAAUACGUAAGUGGAGAAAAUCAAACUACGUGUAGAUACGAUGGCGAACAGCUCAGCCGGAGGGAAAGCUCCAGAAGGAGUGAAGGGGAAUGGGAAGUGCUCUGGAUAGCUCAGCUGACAUGGGAGAGCUAAACGCAGGUUGGUUUGUUUGUUCGUUUGUUUUUUAGGUUGGUUUAAAUCCCAUGUAAGGCUGUUAAGCACAGUGUGUAGAGAAGGCAAAGGCAGGACAGUCAUGGAAACUUCGACAGCACUUGUUGCCACUUUUGCAUGUGUGUAUAAAGCUGAAAGAGUGCAGUGUGAGUGUGCGUGAAUUGGUGUUGGUGGAAGUUGCUCUUUUACACUGAUCUGAGGCCACUUUUGCAGUUUUUCAAACUGUUAAGAGGUUUCAGCCAACUCUAAACAUGGCUUUCAGUUCUUAGCAAACAAUAUGGCCUGGCCAGACGGAGCUGCGGCCAUGGAACCGCCCACUCGAGAACACAUUAGGGCUGCACGAUAUGGACAGAAUACUAGCACUGCGAUGAUGUUGCUGUUGAACUAUACCUUGCAAUGUAUUAAAGGGCCUUUAUUAUAUUACCUUCUUUAAAAUAAGAGAUAUGGCAUGAAAUUGAGUUUUAAAGCAAAUCAAACACUCCCCAAACCAUACAGGCCACGUAUAACAACCAGCCCAUUUUGAAUUGUGAUGUCACAAACAAACAUCCAUUUAGCCCCGCCCAGUCACGUCAACGUCAUAAGAAGUGUUACACCGUGAAUUAUAUUUUGAAUUAGGUGCAAUACAGGAUAGCCUACCAGAACAGAGUUAAUUUACAUAUGUCAGUCUUAAAGGCACAGUAGCAAAAAUAGCCUUUUUAAUACUAAGGAAUGAAGAGAGGUUUAAAAUGGUCAAGUAAAAAAGUUUUUUCUUUUGGUACAUAAAAUAAUACAAAGGCUUUAAGGAGAAAAAAAAUACAAUAACAACUUAGGAUAUGGGCCCUUUUUUAAAGUGUACAGGUGAAUCAGUAAUGCGACAUUAAAUAUUUGGAUUGCACGAAUACCUUAAUUCAUCAAAAUACCUACAGAAACACUAAUGUGGUCAUUUGCGUAUUACAUCCUUCUGUGAUAUCAGUAUUGCCAGAGCCAGUGUUGCAAUACUAAUUAACAAAGAACAUAUUAUGCAGCCCUAAUUCAGACACGUCCUUUCCUUCUUGUAAGCUGCAGCAAAGUAAGAAGGUAGGAGUAACCUCCUCCUUUCUGUCUGUGGGAUAUUUCCCUGUGUUAGCUAUUGGACAGUCUUUAUUUUAAGCCCAAAGUGAGGAUGGUCCAGUAGUAUUGUCUUGCACCUCUUCUUGAGGCUAAUUUUCGUAUUUGAACAGGCUUGAUUUGGCGCUUGAAGGAAUACUCCAUUGUUUUCAGCCUGAUAUCUCUGCAUCUGUAGCAUAGUUUGAUUACCAUGGAUAGAAAUGUCUGCACUUAACUCAAAACAUACUCAUAUUGGCUUUAUUAUUAUUAUUAUCAUUAUUAUUAUUAUUAUUUAAAGUUCUUUUACUAAGUGCCAGGAAACCUCCAAGGUAAGCUACUGAUGCAGCAGAUGGAGAUCAGGUUGGGGUACUCCUUUAAAUUGCCCAGCUUCAGAAUCCCGCUUUGUUAAAUCAACUGAUUACCAAAUCUGUAGAGGUUGUAAUUUGGAUAUUACGACAAAACCAAAACACUAAAUGUGCAGUGGUUCCCUUUGGAACAACAUAAUUGGGAAACAGUGACUUUAGGCCUCCGCAUAUAGUUGUCAAAGUUCCUCAGAAGUCUUGGGAUCCUGAUCUCCGCAUCGUGGUUCCCAGAUCUUCACAGAAGUCUUGAAAAGUCAAAAUUGGUCUCAGAUCAGCAGGCAUGGGCCGCUCCUCCACAUCUCCUCUCUAUCCACCCCGCCAUAAGGCUCUGGAGCAGAACAGAGGGAAGGAUGAGGAAGACGAAGUAAGUGCCCUCAACUUAACUGUCACUGUCAUAAACAAAAUGUACCAACAGCAACAGGUGAGAUACAAGGUACUGUUGAACAAAUUAACCUUGAUACGAUUAAAAGCUUGUACAAAAAUGUGA